UAUCCGAGAACGCCAUGUUUCUCGUGAUGUUGGUGGAAUUAGUGAAAUAAAGACGUUAUAAAAUACUAAAAUAACCCAUAAAAACAAUUAACACAUUUAGAAUACGUCAUUUUAUAAAAUUUCGAGUAAUAAUUUAUUCGUAUCGAGUAAACAAAAAUGGCUGAUGAUGAUCCGUGGUUAUUAAAAGAAGACGGUUAUUUAAACGUUGAUACAGAGUGUAAAAGCAUUGUGUAUCAUCCAAAUUUAAACGUAUUGCUUAUCACAACUGUCGAUGCCCAAGUUUACGUAUUUGAUGUCAACUAUGGAGGUAUACUUCAACGGAGUUGCCUGUCGGGCAAACCAGACGGAAAACUCCAGGGUGUGUACCUCGCUGAGGGCGUAGACAAAGUACUGUACACAGAUGGACGCGGAAUUGGUGUACGCAGUGACUACAAUGGUGUCCUUCUACUAGAUACGAUACUACAGACUCCAGUGGUGAAGAGCGAGGAUGUGAUAAAACUCGAGCUAUUGCUGUCAGAGGCUAUACUGCUGCAUCAGUGCCUGAGGUGCGUGGAUCUACCUGGUGUCGAUCACGUCCAGGACGUACUCCAUGAACUGUGGAAUAAAAUCAUCGCCGCGCAGGCAACACAGAAGAAAGGGAUAAAAGCACAAAAAUGGAAUACGAUAUGUUUGGAAUUGCCACACGGUAUAUUGAAGCUAGUAUGCUCAGGGCUUGUGAUGGAAUUGAAGAGACAAAAUAAACACAUACCAGCAUUACCAAUAGCCUCUGCCAUAAAUGAACGCCUGAACGGUCUACUUCCUGGCCUCAUAUUGGAGGGUGGACCAGCAGACAAGGCCCUCAUGUUCAGUGAAGCAGCGAGACGCGAGACAUUUUCAAAAUGGCCCCAUAUGAAUUAUAAUGAAUCUAAAUCGAGAAAUAAUGUUCUCAGAUGGGCAUUACCAGGACACAUGGCACAGGCUGGUUUUUAUCAUGAGCCCAACACAACAGCUGAAGAUAGAGCAAUGUGUUUUACCUGUAAUGUGUGCCUCGUGUGCUGGGAGCCAACUGACGAACCUUGGUCUGAACACGAAAGACAUUCACCAGCUUGUCCAUUUGUCAAGGGUGAAUAUACUCAGAAUGUUCCACUCUCAGUGACACUAGCAACUGCCCCGGCACGAGAAUCUAGUGAUAAUGUUGAAGUUAUUAGUACGACUAAUGUUGCUGGCUUAGCUGCCACUGCAUCGCACAAUGGUCUUGUCAAUGUUUGGAAUAUUACGAGCCAAUUGAAGGACGAAGUAACGUUUUACGUGUCAGUCUGCCAUCAAGAGCCCAACAACAAAUCCACGAUUCAAUUUUACGGAGCAAGAGAGUUAUCUCCCUAUCUGUCAGCUCUGGCCACAGAGUCAGAUCCCCUGAGUGAUUACAAGCCCCCUUCGAAUCCUCAUAAGCUCAGUUUGACCUCUCUGGCCCUCUUGGGCGGUCCCAAAUCCUCACUCGACGAGACGAAAUCAAGCACAAGUGCCAGCAGUACCACUUCCAAUCCAAUUCUACAAACGUUGGACUCAAGCAUAAGGCCUUGUCUCGUGAGUGGUGUUACAGUGAACUCAGUUAGCAGUUGUAGCCAGCUGAGAACACUGGAGAACGUGUGGGCAUCCACUGAUCUUGCCCCCUCGGCCUCCCUCGUUCGAGCAAUGAACAGUGUUAAUAGUGCUGCCAGUGAUAGUUUAGACAUAAUGAAAGUUGCUGGUGACAAAUACACGCACAUGAAGCAUCAUUAUCUUGUGAUUUAUGAUAUUCAUCAUAAGGCAACACCACAGAGCAGUAAAAAUGAUCCACCAAAGCCAGGGAAAACUAAGAAGACCCUUUCAGGUACAGGUACGAGUGCAAGCUCAGCGAGUGGUCGUCAGGAGCACUUUUACCAGGAGAUCUACAUGUCGAAGCUGUUGUACGAAGCGCCAGUGAUCGAGGACGUGGACUCAGAAAUGGUAGUGGGUAGCCAUUUCGACGGAAUGUUCCCAGCAUCUGGUCUGAGUGCCUCCUCCUCGAACACCCUCUAUGCUCCGCCAUUCGGUUACAGCGUGGCCCCAUCCUCUGCGAGCCCUUACGACGCCAACUUCAACCCCAUGAACGGUACAGAGCAGUUCGCAUCGACCUCGGAACUGACCUCAAUAACAAAAGAACCAGAGACAAUAAAAACGAUAAAAGAAAAUCCAGUUGUCCUCCAGACAGUCUCCAUUGAAGCUGCCCCGAGUCUUCGAAUAACAUACACUGGUCCUACGAAGGAUGGACGGCACCUGUUGGUGACCUUGUCCUCUCCAUCGAGCCCUCAUUCAGACAAUCUUCAGUGUCCCUCCAACACAAAUCAAAUGGACGUCGAUGAAGAGAGUGAGUUCUUCUCUCCAAAGAGCUACAUGUACUGGGACCAAAACGACGAAUCCUCGAAGCUGAUAAAUGGUGAGAACCAUAACGAUGCAUCACUCUCAGAGUGUUCUCUCCUACUGAUUUACGCCUUGGACUUCACCGAGAAGGUGCCGAAAAUUGUACCAGAGCCGUUGAUAAAGCGAGAACUGCCGCCUGAUCAGACCCCAGUGGAGUGGGUGUUUCUUCCACUGCAAGAAAAACAUCGUCUUACGAAUUUGUCAAAUGAGCCCAGGGGCCAGGUAGCUCUUGUCUGCAAAGACGGUGUGGUUCGUCUUCUGGAUCUCAACACCCUGAAGACCGUGACAGAGGCGAGAUCAGAGACUGAAAAAUUCAUCUCAGCAGCUUACUGCAACAGGCUGGAGAGACUGUGUGCCUGCAGCAGUACAGGCUCCCUGAGAUUCUUCGCAACAACUGAGGAAGAUGACUCUGGCGAGGAGAAGGAGGAGGUAGAGGACAUCAACAUGAUGGUGACAGAGACAGGAGCUGUGCCCAACGAUCAGAUAACUCCCAGUACAUCGACGUCAUCGUCAGCUUAUCAAGAACCCAUAAUUGCUCACAGAUCGAACCUGACCUAUCCUGAUUUGAAGGCUCUCUACGAUCUAACGAAAUUUGAUAAAUAUUCGCCACCAUAUGGGGCCACUGUUCCUUCCUGCUGGAGUGAGAUGAUGCAGGCUCAACGACAACGUCGUUAUCCUCAACACCUUCAUCAAUCGGAGGAUCAGCAUCACACGAGAACUUGGAGGCUUCAGAACGACGCAACAACAUGGGAUGAACACGUAUUUGAAUUAACAUUACCAAGAAAUAUUGCUGGUGGUAUUGGACAGGUUGAUGUGAGAUUCUCCCUCCAUUCCUCCUGCCUGGAGCCACCAACGAUUCAAGUCACUUUGCUGAAGCAAAAUAUGACUGGUCUGGGACAUCACAAAUCCCCUUUAACACCAGUGGAUGAACGAAUUCACUUCAACAUUAGUAAUGAACAGAAGGGGGAGAACCCAAUUGUCAGCGAGGAAUAUCAGCGCCAGCACAAUACCGAAAUACUCUGUGGUCCGAUCAAUCUGAAACGAUGUAUGGAUCUGUCUGAUCACUCCGGCUGCGUUACCCUGACGAGCCCCAAGUUAUUCAGAGCAAAAGCGAGAACUUUAUUGGUUCACAUAAAAGCACUCAUUGAUCCUGCCAAGGAUCAGAGUAGUGGUGCUAGCGGAUCGAAGAGCAGGGUAAAUUUGCUGGAGACGAAACCACCAACGUCGAAGAAACUUAGGAUUGACGACGCUGGACCCUUCCUUCCUGGCGCCGCUGUCGAGAGGAUAGCAGCCAGUGCCAGUAAAAAGAUUGAAUAUUACAUGGGCUGUGACUGGAUCCACGAGAUCUCCAUUACCGUUAGAUCAGUUCAGUCGACGACUGUUCCUUUGGAGAGAAUGCAGCGUUGGGUUAUGUUGGAAUCAACUCUUUUCACUGAGAAUCUUCUAAAUGUUGCUUGCCUCCAGGGAAGUGAUACGUCACUUGUAUGUCAGUCACUGGCGCUUGAUAUUCUUGUUUGGGUCACUGCUAUCAGGCUUGCUAGGCUAAGGGUGGGUCAGAAUGCUGCUGAGGCUAAGGCAAUGCAGUUGGACACGAUCAGGUGCAUACAGGGUAGACUGCCAAAUCUUCUGCGUACCUGUAUUCUCAAUGCUGGCAGAAGUAUUGCUCAUAAGUGCGUCAAACUGAUUGUCAUCUGCAGUGAGGGACUAAGGAAUCUUGAAGACGUCACUGUUCACUCUUUUGAUGAGGCCGUUCUUACGGUAAUUGUGUCGUUAUUGCCAUCAAUCGUUGGAAUCCAAUGGGCUGGAUCUCUCAGGUGGCUGAGCAUUCUCAUUACACGACUAUUGCCGCUGGAUAAAAGCCACAGUGUUGCUCAACAAUGCGUCAGUAUUCUUCAGCAAAUUUCAGGGGAAAUGUCUAAUCGAGUUAAUCCUUAUCAUCUCCUCUUGGCAACGAGAUUUGGACUUUAUAAUAAUCCUUUUGAGACUGAAUUAUUCGACAUGGAGCCACCGAUGCCACCGAAAUUUAACUCGUUACCGCUGACUUAUGCCUCCCUUGUUAGUGGUGAACAGACAACUUCGUCGAUUACAACUGCCACGACUCAUUACACGCAGGAUCACAUCGAUUUGAGGGAUUUACUUACACUCCCGACGAAUCCCAAUAGUGAACUGGUCGUUCCCAGUAAAUUGAAGGCACUGUGCAGUAAUCACAGUAUGAAGGGAUUACUGGAGGUGGAACCACUUCAUUUUAUUUGCCAUGGGGCCUCUGAUGGUACCAAAAUGGAGAAAAUUGAUCCUGGAGUGAGUGCCAUCAACCUGGGAAGCUUGUUCGAGAAUUCAACUGGAAAUGGGACAAGCAGUGACCUCAAGAAUGUACAGCCUAAUUUUGGCGAGGAGAUAAACUUUCCCUGGGGAAGACUUCUGUGCUGGCCUUCACAGCAAGUCUUAGUCGUAGAGAGAAUGCACUCCGGAGCGAGAAGAUUUGUAACACUGGAUUUUGGGGCACCUGUUCUACUCACAGACUUGAUGAUUCCCUCCUGUAGUGAUCUCGUUUCUUUGUCCAUUGACAUCUGGUCCAAGAGCGAAGAGGGAGAUGGUACCAGGCUAGUUGUCGCUGGUGACAUUGGAACAAAACCCCUCGUUGUCAACGAUCUUCAACCCCCACCUGUGUGCAGAUACUUGAAGAUAACGACUAUAGGACGUUAUGGCAUGACAACAACAAAGUGUAAAAUUCCUCUGGGUAGGUUUUAUGGUCACAUGGUGGUACUCCCUGGUGAGGACUAUUCAGAAUCCUCGGAUUGUCAUUCAGAUAUCAGCGAACACGAUGUCAGUCUCCUCUCAACGAUUGACUCGCAGUGCAGUAUAUUAUCCGCUCUUGCUGAGGACGUUCAGUGUCGAUUCAGUCUCGCUACGGAGAGGCUGAAGGCCCUGCUAGAUCCUCUGUUGUGUACUGAGACACCCAACGUCAUGCAUAUGCAGCAUUAUUUAUGCAAAGGAAAAAAUCCUGAGAGCAAAGAGCAGCUCUCCUCCAAGAUCUUGGUUACUUAUCAGGAAUGCAUAAUGUUCCAGCAUCAACUGAAUGUCGUCAGAGGGGUUUGGAGGAGACUCGAGGCUUGGAAGGGGCCCUGUCCCCCACCCAACGUACAACUGGUCAAUGUCCCCAGUGAUAAAUUGAGGAUACUAGGGGAGACAUUGUCUGAUAUUCUCCUAUACACGAUGUAUGAGAUUGGACCAGUGCCGCCUGUACCAUCGUCACUCUGUGAAAUAUUCACUCCCACAAUUUGUGAGAGAUUUUUCCACUCGGUUUGCGUUGUAACACCAGCUCCAAGGCUUCAGUUGCACGCAGCAGCUCUUUUAGCUAGAGUCGCUGGACAUCAGCCUUGGUGGGGUAAUUUUCUGGCUAAUACUCUGGUGAAUCUCUACUCGACAUCUUCUACACACAUAUUCCCGCAGGACCGGGUAUUCAUACUACUGACAUUCCUUGGACGCAAGUCACUGAUGGCUGGAGCCAAUAAAUCUUCUGUCGUUGAUGCAAUGGUGAGAACAUUGGGACGACUUUUACUGCCCCUGUCUAAUGGCCAAUCAACAGCAUCUAGAUUAGAUACAACUCUGAUAGGCUGGGUUUUAUUAUUCCUGUCAGUUUGUUUGGAUACAACAGCCACACACUCCUCAUGCUCUGAUGACAACAACGACAAAAGCAAGGAGCAGGGGGUUUCCUCUCGCUGGGAGUUCCUCCAGGGUGAAUCAGCAAUGCAACGAAAAUAUGUAUCAGCGAAUAGAUCAUCAGCGUCUAGAAAUUACCGUAAAAAGAUUCAAAAACGUCUGAUGCACCACAAGCAACAACUGCAGGACAUCGAGCAGGCAAAAAAAGGUACUCAGUCACCAUCGAUUCAGAAUUACGCAUGGAAGACAAUCAGUCCACUGCCGACAAUUCUGUCCAAUAAACUAGAGGUUCUUAAGACACAAGAGAGACACCUCAAGAAAACGUUGAAGCAGCACUCGGCUUUUAAGCACUUCAAAGACAUUAUGAGACGUAAUGAGCCUUCGCACAUGCCACGAGGCUCAAGGAGCCAAUCUUCAUCGAGUUCCAGGUCAGAACCACCGGAGAUCGAUCUGGAUUGUCUAGCAAAUCUCACUCACCAGCACGUGCUUCCAGUGGCCAGAGGUCUGAUUUCCCUAAUUCUCAGUAACUCUUCAAACGUCGACAUGUUCCUCCUUGCGUGUAAAGUUGUGGCUCGUCUGGUCGUCUCCACACGUCCAGUGAUAAGUCUGGGUGAAUUGAUGAACGAGGACCAGCUCCUGAAGUUAAUUAAACUUGCAACAGGCACUUCGGACACAGCCUGGUCUUCCCACGCUAUCUCAUGUCUCCUUCAGGACCUCCUAGAAGGUGGCAGGCUAUUUCCAAAGCCUUCACCCAUUGCAGACGCUCCAUCAGAUGAGAAUUUCGAGGUUUUAGGAGCUGAGGAUGCUCAAACGCUUGAGGACGACUUGGCUGGUAUUGCUGGGACCAGUGGAUCCACGACAACUGUCAAUGACGAGGGAUUUGCCGAUGGUGAUGGUGAUGAAGACGUGCCCGACAGCAUAACACCAGCUGCUACAGCAUCAACGUCAAAAUCCAAUGGCUUCGAGUUGUCCUCUUUUCUAGAAUCUGACGACAGUGAACUGGAGGAGUUCCUUGAUGACAUUCUCGAGCGAGGAAAGAUCUUGCUGAAGAAGGGAAAUGCAAUAACCAAAUUACCACCAUCAGCUAGCUCUGGAAUUUCCCUGGCUCUUGAUGCCAGACUUGAAUAUGGAGUCGAGAUGGGAGUGGAAAUUGCACUGAGGAGAUACUCCACCCUGGGGGCUUAUAACCUUCCCCUCAGUAUAAAUGCGACCAUUCAGACCCCUGUGGAAGUCAACCGUUCUCAAGCAUCGACAUCGAGGUCAUCUGGAUGGACAGACAGAAGUCAGGACAUCAGAAUGCCAGCAGAGCCGUCACCCUCGAGUCUGUCAAUGCUCACACGUUGCUUCGACAGAAUAUUCACUGACCUCUCCCUUCAGGAUUCGAACACAAGCCUCGAACUGAUCCUCCAAUUGUGGUUGACAUUGAACCUCGAUGCGUCAGGGGAAUCAUCAAGCACAACAACUCAAUUCGACUCUUCAGUGGCACCAGUGAUUCCUUUGAGCUCAACCGCAAUAUCAGGACUGAUAGCUGCACUUCUGUGGAAUCCAGUAUCGUUGAGGGCCUGGUGUCUGGCGUUACAAACUCUGACCCUCACCAGCAAUGAGCCAAGGCCAUCAGACCAUGUGGAUCCUAGCAUUAGUACUCCAUUAGAUGGUCUCUUGGGAGGAAUGGCAAGCUACAUCGUCAAGGAUAGAAAUAUGGGGGCAAUGCUGCUGAGACUUCUCUCAGGUAAUGGGUUGAACGUCGAGCCCAGAGACAAACAGCACCUGAUGGCGGGCCCCAGAGUAUGUCUCGCCCUCCAGGACUUCCUAGUCAGACUGGAAAUGAGAUGUGAUGUAAUCACGCCUGGUAGUUCUCUUGGAAAUUCCUUGAAGGAGCUGCUCCUGUGGGUGGUUUAUCAGUUGGUCCAGCCUGGAGGUGCUCUCGUAGCUCGCAGAGGUCCCCUGGAUGCCCAGUGCAUCCUCAUAACAUCAUUAAUCAAUCUCAACUUUAUUAAUACCGACCUGGGAACUGCCAUGAGCAUAACCGAAUGCGUGGGAGUUCUGGUCUCGAGCUACGUGAGAGGCGCUAGGAUUGGGGUGCAAUGCAGUGGAGCAGUAGACUCUCCAAACCAGGCUACUGGUUUUGGUGGUCUAUUUGCCUGUGUUCUAGGUGGUGGAACACGCCAGGGAAGGCCCACCAACUGGGACACCCUUGUUGUAGCUCUGAUAAAGCUCGUUUGCAGACUCGUUCAGACCCCCCUGCCCUCUAGACUUACCAGGACGGACAGCACUGCUGAUAUGGAGGUGGGAGAAUCGUCGAGGUCGUCAGAUAUAAUCAAUCAGAUUGGAUCGCAGACAGACGAGAGUAAAGUCGCUGAACAAACCUCUAUGAGAAUGAACCAAGGUGCCAUACCCAAGCCUAAAUAUCCUUGCGUGGCUGAUACUGUUCUUCAACACGAACCAACCAUGAUGAGACUGCUGGGAGCACUGGGCUCUAGCACUGGUUCCUCUCUGGCCAUGCUAUUCGGCGAGGAAGCAGCCACUGGUGUUUCUGAGCUGGGUGAUCCUGCCUCCAUUCCCGAUGCUACUUUCCAACUUUUGACGACACUCAUGAGGAAAUCUACUAGUCCCAAUCUAGUUCUCAAUCCCCUCUAUCGAUAUCUAUCCUCCACUCACGAGCAAAUUGGUAAUGACAGACGUGUCGGUGUCCUUCAACUAUCAGAGCCCCUUCUCUGGUACAUCCUCAAAGUCCUGGACACGGAGGCAUCACUCUCGGUCUUCACAUCCAUGGGAGGUGUCAAGGUCCUCUGUGAGAACAUGGUUAAGUCCUCCAAUGUGAGCCAGACUAACACUGGCGCAUCAACACCAGGUGUUAUUGCUCUCGUCAUGCAGCAUCUCUCUAAUGCUCCCAGUUUGGCAGCUGCCACAGCAACAACCAGCAAGAAGUCAUCAGGAAAUCUGGAGACUUAUGAGGAUGGAGUCCUGAAUUUUGCUCCUCUCGGAACAAUCACCUGGGUGAAGCCCAUGGUGGAGCCUGCUGAUGUUCUCAUACAGAGUGUAGCUCCCCACAGAAGAGCAAGAACAGCAGCUUGGAGUUAUCACUUCUUUCCGGGUGAAGCCUGGGUGGACCUGACGAUCACCCUUCCAUGCGCUAUAUUACUGAGAGAAGUCGAGCUCCAGCCACACUUGACAUCCCUAGCCACGUGCCCCUCAGCAGUUGCUUUAGAAAUCUCUCGAGAAGGGAACACUGAUCUAACGCCUAUUUGUCCUCCAAUGCUGACUGCCGGAUUGACCUUCAUCAGGCUGACACUGUCCCAGCCGGAGGUCGCGACGUCAGUCCUCGUGAGACUGUACAAACCCAGGGAUUCUACUAAUAUCAGCCUGAGUCAGAUAAGAAUACUGGGAACAACAGCAUUCGGUGAGAUAAAAUCCAGGAAUGAGGCAAUUGAUGAAGAACAGUUGACGAGGACUAGUCUAGGAUGGUUGAGGCUAGUUCACCAGUGUCUCUCGGUGGGUGCAUUAUCUUCGAGCCUCUUCAAGGAGGUCCUGAACUCUGCUGCUGGAGUAGAGGGCCUCGUGGAGGCUUGUUGCAGUCUUCUGCUGCUUCCAGCUCCCUCAUUAUUCACCCCCAAUCUCGAGAGAGUUCUGCUGCAGCUAGGACUCCACUCGAAGGAACUCGGACUCAGACUCAUCGGUUUACUACUGAACAACAGGUGUGCUCCGCUCCAAGGUGCCUCUCAGAAGACCUCGACAGUUCAACUUGUCGUUGAAUUACUUCAGCAGUUGUGCGCCGCACAGGAUUCAGGUACUGAAGCCAGAAUAUCUGCUGUUCUCACCUGGCUGCACACAUCAGCCAUGAGCAACGUUGCCAGGGCACAUCAGAACAAUCCAAACGUCGGGAGUCCUCCAGCGAUUUACGUUCACUGCAUCUCCACCAUCAUCUGGAAGGCUCACGAGUUCAGGAAUCGAAUGUACAAUCUUGAAGAAUUAUUAACUGAUGAUUUGUUUAACUCGCUGUAUCAGUGGACACUCUCCCUAGAGAGUUGUUCAGCUCUUAAACAGGCGAUUGAUGCGACACUCUGUGCACUUUGCUAUGUCAGACCCUCGCUGUUUCCUCUGCUGCUCCAACGAGUGAGAAUUCUCGUGCCUAAUCUGGCUACCGAUCAUUCAGCAUCGAUAUCUGAUGACAGAAAGGAAAGUGAAGGACAGACUGACGACAGGAAGAGUGAGGCUGAUACUGAGGAGUGGUACUGCAGGCUUCAGUUGCCAGAGUACAAGUGCCUUCAGCUCACUGAAGGACAAUUGCUAACAGUCGCUGCGGCUGCUAGAUCUCCACCUGGAAUUCAACAGCUCAUUGACUCCGGUUUACCUGGACUUCUUGUCACCAGUAUCAACGAUUUUUGCAAGCACGAGAAGAGUGAAGAGGCAACCGCCGAGAAUGACGAGGCUAGGGGCGGCGGGGGCGGGGAUGGAGGAGGAUUGACUGACAGUGAUAAAGCCAGUGAGGCUUAUGGGUAUAAUAAUGUUGGCCUCAAUAUGACGGAUCCUGACAGUGUGGCUACUGUCAUCGAGUUUUUGACGCUUGUCUGCUCCGAGGGAAAGAUGAGGGAUUGGCUUGGAAGGGAGGGUCGAGGAUUCUGGCUACCACUUGCAUGGUUACUCAGUAAUAGGCCUGUGGAAAAUCCCUCUAUCACUUUUGCCAGAAUGAAUAUGUCAUACACAAGAUUGGAAUCAGCAAUGAUAACAUUUUUGUCUCGUUGCUGUUGGUGUCACCCCAACAAUCAGAAACUCCUGUCCGAGCUCCUGAACGACGUAAUUCUUACGCAGCGGGUAUCGUCGAAUGUACGAUAUCUUCAUGGUAUUUCGGGAUUCACGAGGAGAUUAAUACUUCAAUUGCUGCUCGAAGGGGAGAAGGUGUUAGUAUCGGUGACAUCCGAAACUCCGAUGACAGUUUCUAGUGGGGGUAGUAAUACUCUUCCCUCUAUGCCACCUCAUCCUGCACAUCCACUGGGACAUUAUCACCAGUUGCUGUACAUUUCAACGCAAUCCACGGUUGCUGAUAUUUUGCAACAGGUGUCGGGUGCUUGGUUAACAUUAUUGUUGCCCAAUACGUACAAAGAGAGUGAGACAAAUAAAAAUGAGAGGAAUCAGGAGUGGAAGGAAGUGGGAUUGGCAUUUAUGGUGGACACAUUGAGUGUAGCUGCUGGUAAUACUGCCAAAGACAAGCGUGCCAAGGAGGCGUCAAAUAGAUCGCAGGCUCGUGGUCCCAUAAUCCGAAAAUCUCGCUUAGGUUCAGACGGCACAUCUUCCUCAAAAGGAUGUGGCUCCAGCACUCAAUCAUCAUCAACGAGUUCGUCGAGCCAACAGUAUUUGACACACUCCUCUCGGCCAAAUAGUGCGCUCCUUCCUCAGCUGUGCAUAUCGCAGUUGUUGGCCAUAGCCGAGGACAGUGGUCUCUCACUCUCUGAGCCAUGCAUUCACCUGGUCCUGCGCCAGCGGACGAAGGACAACAAGGAAGAUCCCCCGAACAUCGAGGACACAGACCUCCUGAGCUACAGAAGAAUUGAGAGUGCCCUGGGUGUUUUCUCCUCAUGUGGAGGUCUUGCAAUUCUUGCUAAACAUUUGCCCUUGGUGUACCCAGAUAGUGCACGGCCCCAGAGCUUCCCCGAGAAGUCCCCCUCGCCAGAGCAGCCGGAUGCAGAGUGGGUGAAGGUGGAGGCGAGUGAGGACAUCUACGAGGAUGUCGAAGAAGGCGGAGCCAGUAAUUCGCCAAGGUCUACACCACCAGCUCCCCACGUUCCUCUGCACUCCCUCGCAGCCUUUGGUCUUUUCCUGCGUCUUCCUGGAUACGCAGAGGUCCUUCUGCGAGACAGAAACCAGGCCCAGUGUCUACUGAGACUGGCUCUUGGUGUCACAGAUGAUGGCGAGGGAGGAGACAUACUGGGAUCAUCUCUGGCCACUUCUCUCCCUACUUUACCUUUCCAAGUACUCAAGCAACUUCUUGAAGUUACACCCCCAACCACCGAUGAUGGACAACUUCUUCGAAGGACAAUGGUAGAGAUUGGAGCAGUUUUACUCCUGUUAAAUUGCCUUGCGAUUUUCACACAUCAAACUGGCUACAACGAGGGCUCGGACCAACGAUUGGGCCAGACUGGCGGUCGUAGUGACGACAAAUCACAUCUUUACUGGGCAAAAGGCACUGGUUUUGGUACAGGAUCAACUCAACAGUCCUGGAACGUCGAGCAAGCCCUUCUCCGUCAACGCUCCGAGGAGGAGCACGUGACAGUUCUUCUGCGAGUUUUGGCAAGCUACAUAGGUAACGGUGGUGGUCCUCAGAGGGAGCUUCCAGGUCCCUUCUCAGAGUUGAUGGCAAGGUCGUGCCUGUUGCCAGCGUUAUCGUCAUAUCUCAGAAACGACUCAGUUCUAGAUAUGGCGAGACAUAUUCCCUUGUAUCGAGCUGUUCUCCAGCUGCUGAGAUCGAUGGCAUUGGCUCCACAGCUGGCACCACUGCUACUGCCAAGGGCCAGCAGAUCCAGUGAUCCAUCUAUUGUCUCAUUGUUAUCGGGCAUGAGAGUAUGCGUUGACACGUAUGUUCACAAGAUUAAUAGAACUAGGGGAAAUAAGUCAAAGUCUGUGACGAAGUAUCAGGAUGAUUCUGAACAGGACGAGGGUCUUGCUACACUUAUUCCUGAUAUUCAGGAGAGUGCGACUAUUGUUCAGAAUGCAACGUCAAGGCUUGCUGCAAGUGGUGAGGAUUUAGCUGGGCCAAGUCCAACAGCACCAGAAUUAUCUCUAAAAUCUGUUGAGCAGAGAUACCUGGAGGUGAUGAAGAAUCUUCAGUUCGAUACGUACGAGAUGAUUACUGAAAAUUCGGAUGGUGGGGGAUACAAAUUUGCUGUGUCCUAUCAUUUCGAGUCGAAUAUGAGAGCUGCUGGAGACAGGAGCCAUCCUGCAAGGGUCAAGAGACUUGCACAGGAGGCUGUCACACUGUCAACAGCUCUGCCAUUGUCCUACAGUAGUAGUGUAUUUGUCAGGUGUGAUGCAGACAGGCUGGACAUUAUGAAGGUGUUGAUUACUGGACCUGCGGAGACUCCUUACGCCAAUGGAUGCUUCGAAUUUGAUGUCUAUUUUCCACCUGAUUAUCCUAAUAAUCCUAUGUUGAUUAACUUGGAGACCACUGGGAGGCACAGCGUCAGGUUUAAUCCUAAUUUGUAUAAUGAUGGCAAAGUAUGCCUCAGUGUGCUCAAUACCUGGCAAGGGAGACCUGAGGAGAAGUGGAACGCGCAUACGAGCAGUUUUCUUCAGGUUUUGGUGUCGAUUCAGUCGCUGAUUCUUGUACCGGAGCCCUAUUUCAAUGAGCCUGGGUAUGAGAGAUCCAGAGGAACUUCCAGUGGUGCACAAUCUAGUCAAGAAUACAAUGCCAAUGUUUGUUUGGCUACUGUCAAGUGGGCCAUGCUGGAUCAAAUCGUCAAUCCAUGUCCAUGUUUCAAGGAGGUGAUUCACACACAUUUUUGGAUCAAAAGACAUGAAAUAGUAGCACAAUUGGAGAGCUGGAUAAUGGACAUGGAGAUUCAUGGGACAGACAGGAGAUUAGCUCGUACGAUAUCACUAAAUGCAUUAGCUCUAAGGAGACACUACAGACUGUUAAGGGACGCCCUGAAUAAGCUGCCAACCCCAGAGGGCCUUGAGGACCUCGCCGAGCCCCUACAGUCUCCGGCAACCUCCCUGGAGUUAGCAGGGACCCCAAGCACUCCCAGCACUCCACCAACAAGUUCAACAACGACAACACCACUGGCGAUGGUACCACCACCCCUGACCAAUUCAGUGGCACCCCUGAACAAUGCCAGUGCCAGCAAUCACGUGCAUCACGACAUUGACACCGAUGUAGAGAUGGAGAAAAUGGUCUCGAAAGUCUGUGAAUAGCUAAUGGAUAUUGAUAGAGAUUGUUGGACAUUUUGAAAAGUCUAUUUGACAGUGUUAUAAACAUUCAUAACUGAACUUCAAUCAUCACAAGAAAAUCCGAAAAAUCAAAAAAAAAAUUAUCCAAAAGGAGUGGAAGAAUUCCCAAAUGUUUGAAAUUGAACUGAAGAUUCAAAUAAUUCAAAGAUAUCUGGAUGACGAUCACAAGAACGCGAUUUGCUAUUUUUCACUGAAAUCCGUUCAAUUUUUUUCUCGUUCAUUUAUUUUUUUUUCUUUCAUAAUUAAAAAAAAAGGAAAACAGCACGAACUCUCUGCUCGAGUGAAUGACUAUUUUUUUUCACAUGCCGUAGAUGAUUAUUAUGAUACUUCCAUUAUUGGGGGGAGUACUUGAGGAGAAUGGCAUGGAGAGGAAGGGGUUCUGAAUGUACAUGAAAUUAAAAAGUGAGAGGAAGUGAGGGAACGAAAACAAAAAGAAAGGGAGUUGAUGUUUGUAGUCAUGUACUCGGUUGCUAUAAAUGUACACUUGCAAUUCUACUGCUGUUGUCCUCCAUGCUUGGUACAUGAUCGAUCAUUUUAUGCUCCUGUCAUUAUGUCCCCCUCAUUUUAUUUUAUUUUCAUGUAAUUGUGACAGAAUUUUUGAAAAAAACCCCAAAGUGUUUGAUUUAGGGAAGAGAAUGUAUUGCAUACGGAUUCAAUGGCCUCUUUGAUGUUACUAAAGUGGAACAAAUGUGUUUGUUCAAUAUUUAUUACGAAGUGAUUUCAUAUAGACGAUUAUUUGGAUUAUCGAUUCUGGAUUAGAGUUGUGACACAACAUUUAAAAAAGAUAAUAAUUACGAAAUUACAGGAGUAAUUGCAAAAUUGAGGGAAAUUAUUUGAACUUUUUUAGCUGUCACUACUUUAGUGCAGAAUCACUUUGUUUUUUAUUCCAAUUUUAUUUUUCUCGUUGCAUUUUUCUAACGAAUUAUCAUUUCUUUCUGCAUUUAUAGACGUUAUUUACGUAAAUAUGAAAUUACAUUCGUCACGAUUGGUUUUUUCCACUAUUUUUCAUUUUUAAUUGAUACGUUUGAUGAAUUCCCUUGAUGACAGCCAUAUACCACGCAAUAUUAAUAAAUAAUCCUAGUUAAAAAUAACGAAGUGAGAGGUAAUUAUACACUGGGUGAAUCUAAUGAAUAAAAAUGAUUGUGGAGAAUAAAAGUUGGAGGAAUUGUGGGUUAAAAAAACGAUUAAAAAAUGUAAAUAAAAAAUUGCCAAUAAGUUAAAAGUCGUAUUAAACGCAUACGUGUUUCUAUUUUUAAGAAAUGAAAAAUAAAUAAAUGAGUGAAUACAAGGAAAUGAUGGAUAACAAUUACAACUGGUGAGCAAAAACGCCAUUGCCCUGAAGUGUAAAUGAAGUAAUCGUUAAAUUUAGGUAAAUCGAUAAAUUGAGUCGAUUACACUUUCAUAAAGUGGCGAUGUACGAGGCUAGACAAGAAGUGUGUUGAUAGUUAUUUAUAAUAAACUAGUAUUACCAUUUAAA